CAACAAACGGCCAUGUUCUCGCAAAAUGGCGCAAACUUUGAAAGACAGCUUUCUGGAUCUGGAAAGGCAUCGGCAGCUGCUCGAGGAAAAUAUCGAGAAGCUCUGGAAGUCACUUCGUCACUGGCAGCUUUGGGAAGCAGAGUAUGAAGGCUUGAAAGAGGAGAUUCUCGUCGCAAAGCCAAACCCGAACCAAGAACAGCUUUCCGCCAUCUGUCGCGAUUAUGAAGGUGAACUCGUCACUAAAAAGGAGGUCGAGGAUAUAUUGGGGUCGCGAAACGCUGCGCAGGUCGUGAACAUACUAGACAGGAGGAUUGACUACGUCGAGCAGAAUGUUCGUACAGUUCUGAAGCAGAUCGAGGCUGCAGAGAACAAGUUGGCAGCGGCGACUGUUAUCAGCACACCUGAAGUGAGAAACGAAGAAGGCCUACCGUUGACAGAGAUAAUUGAGGAGCUGGAUGAAGAGGGGAAUGUUGUCUCGUGUCGAACAUCUACGCCUGGGAGCGCGAAGCCACAGCUGUUGGAGGUGCUGAAAAAGGCGGGAGUGACGAACCUUCCGACGGACUCGACAACCGCAGAACCUGCGAGCUCCUCGGAGGAAAAGCCGGUAGAAGCCUCGAAGCAAAAUGCCACGGAGUCCAAGAAGGCAGCGGCAUUUGCAGAAGACGCAAAACCUAGUUUUGAACCCGAGAAAUCCCAGGCAACGAAACGACUGGAAGGCGUUAUGAAUACCGCGAAGCAGCAAGAAACCAAACCCUCAGCGCCUCCCGUCAUACCCGCCGACGAAUCGCCUGAGGAUGCUGCUCUUCGAAGAGAGAUGCUCCAAUAUGGGGUGUCUGAGGUUGGCGCUGUGGUUGCAGAGCUAGACCUGGAGGAUGACAGCGAUUGGACAGAUGAGCAGGAUUACGACGAAACAAGUACGGACGAUGAAGACGAGUUUGGUAGAUCAAGAGGCCGAGUUGUGGACGAGGAUAUUAGGCAGCAGAUGAUAAAACUCGAACAACGUCUGGGUGUCAGGAUGAUGGAGAAUAUUGGCAAGAAGGCCAGCGACUAUGAUGUGGUCAGGGAAGGCAUCGGGCGUGUUACGAUCAAUGGUCAAGAGACCGCUACGGCAUCAGAAGACGAGCCAGCGGCUGCUGCUGCGGAGAGCCUUCGGAAGGAUUCCAGCACAACAUCAUUCAAGAAGUCGGUCAGAUUCUCAGAAGAACUUGAUAUCUCGCCAGCUCCUAAGCCAGCCACCGCUGCAACUCCAGCAGCUCGGAGGAAGACUGCUCCCGUCAACGACAUCGUCGAGAGGACGGCACCAGCACAAUCUUCCGCGUCGCCACAGCAGAACAAGAAGGUGUCACGCUUCAAGUCAGCUCGAACUGCUCCACCCCUCGAGUUCAGCCCUGCGGAAGACCAAACUCGUACAGUACCCACGGGCCCAGAAGGCACAACCCUAGCACCCGUCGUUGUCGAGCGUGAAAUUCCUCACGAUUCCUUUCCCGCCGAACCCGACGAGCUGGACCCUCACCUCUUGCAUCAAGAAGUGGCCACUGAAUACCACAAAAUGCGAAAUACGAUGAUCCAUAGGCAAGGAGGAUUCAUGAAAGAAGAAGAGAGCGAGAUCGUACCCUUCACAGAAGAGGAAGGCGGCCCGAAAAAGAUGAGUAGGUUCAAGGCCGCAAGAUUGGCAAGAAACUGAGAGCUUAACUACUGAGACACUCGACAUCUGUCAGAGUCUAUAAUAGAACAAUUCGACUACAUUCAAUGUGACCUGCUGCUCUCAGC